UUGCUAGAAAAGCAUAGAAGCUUAAGAGAAACAUUAACCUCAAAGAUUAAAGAAUCAGUUUUCACCGUAUUUAGCAAAAACAUUUUGCCUCCAAUCAAUACGAAGCCAAUAGCUGAAGGAAGUGACAUCUUCUAUAUGGCCUGA